UGGUUGUAAGAUAAUUUAGCCAAUCAAAAGCGAUGUCACAUUCUGGUAGUCCAGACGCAGCAGAGCCGCCCGUUGUCUUCCUAGUCUACCUAGAUCAUGAGCUCCCGUACGCUCAGCCACGCCCUCCGUGGCGGCCUCAGCGCCAAUGUGCGUCGCCAGGCGCUGGCCACGCGCGGUGGCCACGCUCACCGUCCCCCUCCACCGCCAUUCGCGCGCAUCAAGACGCCGGCCCAGCCGCUGCACGAAGAAGCGGAACUGGUUUGGAACGACGGCGUCGCCCCCGAGACGCUUAUUGACUUCGACGCGCCGCACAUCCCCAAGUACCAGGCACUGCGACACUGGCUCUGCGGACUGGGCGGCUUCGUUACGCUCAUGGGCGUCGUGACGCUCUACAACCCGGACUCGUGGCGACAGGCGUCGAAGCGUGGCAACCACCUGCCCGACCUCAAAUGGGAAUUGGGCGAGGCUAACGAGCCUGAUGGAGAGAUGGACGAGUAAGAUGCAGACAAAGUGCUAUCAGACGUUGUAGAGUGGAGUUGGAACAGUAGAAGGGCAGCGGUGGAUGUCGUGUACUGCUGUCUAGCUGCUGGUCCAGUCCAUCGAGCUCAGAUAACAGCACACAAAAUAACAGAAUUUCGACACAAACAGGGAACGCAGAGUUGUAGAGUUCAGAGGAGCAGGGAAUGCAGAGGGCGCUAAAUUGUUCUCUUCUCUCGGAAGUUCUCCUUUUCUGGCAGUUCUAGGUCGUUACUGCUUGCCUGACG